AUGAAGGUCCAGAUUGUGAGCAGGAAGUUUAUAAAACCAAGCAUACCAACUCCCGAAAAUCUCCGUACCUACAAGUUAUCGUGCAUGGACGAGCUUAAUACAACGAUGAACGUGGUUGGAAUUCUCUACUAUCCUUCGAUCGACAAUAACAUUGUACAUAUAAACAACUUGGAAAAAUCAUUGGCGCAAAUCUUGCCACAAUUUUAUCCUUUUGCUGGUAGAUACAACAAGGUGAAUCACUCCGUUGAUUGUAGCGACCAGGGUGCUGAGUACGUAGAAGCUCAGGUACUCGACUGCGAUCUAAAUGAAAUUAUUGGGUCUGGAGUCGAACCUGUGGAGCUAAACAAUCUCCUCCCACUGGAAAUUGGUGAAGCUGAUGAAAUCACUAACCCAAUUUUAUCAGUUCAAGUAACCAAAUUUAAAUGUGGUGGGAUGGCCAUUGGUAUAUGCAUUUCACAUAGGAUUAUUGAUGCAUGUUCAUUUGGCACAUUCAUAUCUGCAUGGGCCAAGGCCAACCUAGGAGACAAAACCGAACCAAUUCGUCCAAAAUUUAAUUCCCAAUUCUAUUUUCCAGCUGAAAAUUCAGUUUUUGGAACCACAAGGAGUACUAAGGACACUAGCACUGUGACCAAAAGGAUUUUAUUUGACAGAAAGGCAAUAGAAACUCUAAGAGACAGAGUAAGCGACAACGACUGUCCCCCAUCGAGAGUGGUUGUUGUUUCUUCAUUCUUAGCAGAGGCUUUUUUACGCUCUGAUCGCGCAAAACAUGGGAAAUCGCGAGAUUGUGUCAUAAUGCAGGAGGUUAACAUUCGAGAAAGAACAGUUCCACCUCUAUCAAAGUAUACUUGUGGAAAUUUAGUGUUACUGACAACGGUAGAAUGCAAUGCAGAAGAAAGCAAGAGCAUAGACUUUGAAAGCUUCAUUCCUCUACUCAGUAACAAUGCCAAGAAAGCUGUUUCUGACUGUGCCAAUAUAUUAUCCAAUUCUAAGAAUGGACACACCAUACUCGUAGAUUAUUUCUUGGGUGCAAUUGAAAAAAUAAACGAGAGUGGCAAAAACAGUCUACGCUUUACUGAUUGGUCUAAGUUUAAAUUCUAUGAUGCUGAUUUUGGUUUUGGAAAACCCAUUUGGACAAGUGUUGCAAACAUUCCGAUAAUGAACCUUGUCAUGCUUAUGAAUACCAAAGAAAAUGACGGAAUUGAAGCAUGGGUGCAUUUGCAUGAGGAAGAUAUGACUUAUUUCGAACAAGACGAGGAAAUCAAGAAGUUAACCACUUAG